AUGCCUGGUUGCAGACCAAUUCAUGGUUGUGAUUUUCCAAGCACAGUUCAAAACCGUUCGAGCAUUGUGUAUAAAUCAUUCAUUUAUGUAUGCAAAAUGUUGCAUUUUGCAGAUGGAAUAAUACUAAAUGCUUUUACAAAUUUAGAAGCAGAUACAAUCAAGGCUGUGCAGAAAAAAGAAGCUAAGCUUCCUUCAAUCUACCUUAUUGGACCCAUCAUUCAAACUGAUUCAAGCAUUAAGGUAAGGGAAUCAGAAUUUUUUAUGGGUUGGUUAGAUAAUCAACCAUGUAACUCUGUUCUUUAUGUUUCAUUUGGGAGUGGUGGAACAUUAAAUCAAGAACAAAUUUUUGAGCUUGCAUUGGGUUUGGAAUUAAGUGGAGUUAAAUUUUUAUGGGUUGUGAGGGCCCCAAAUAAAUCACCAAAUGGUGCUUAUCUUAAGGAAAUGAUGAAAAAUAAAGAUGUUGAUCCAAGAGGUAGGAAUCAUGCUUCACCAUACUUUAAAAGUAAUCAAUGUGGUUAA